AUGACGUCAUUAUACUCUCCUCAUGAGAUUGUCAAAUAUGGAAACAGAAAAUUGUACCUUUCAUUUCCGAACUGCAAAAUCCAUACUGGUGAAAUAUGUACUGUUGAAUGUCAGAAUUGUAAUGUUGAAGUUUGCAUUAAAUGUCUCAGCAGAGAACAUAAUGGCCAUAGAAUCAUUGAAAUUCACAAUGUUGUUGAAGAAAAGAAACGUACAGUUGACAAGGACACAGUUUAUCUUAUAGAGACUAUCAUUCCAAAAUUCGAAAAAGCAGAUUCUGAAAUAGUGUCAAAAUUAGCGGCUUUAAAUGCAAGAUGUGAUGAAUUAGAAAAAUCGGUCAAAGAGCGUGGAAAAGACUGGCACCGACUGAUUGAGGACAUGGUCGAAAAGAACAAUAGAGAUAUUUCCGAAAUGAGAGAAAGCGGCAUCAGAACAAUAAAAGAAUACCAAAAGGAAAUCAAAAAAGUUCUUAAAAGUCUUCAUGAAAUUACUCUGCAGAAUAAAAAGAUCUCUCAGUCGUUUAACGUCAGUGACAUUACAAAAUAUGAAUGCGAUAUUCAAAAAUACCUGAAAAUUCCUUUGAAAAUUGAACUUGAGCUGCCAACGUUUGUCUUCAAGGAUAUAGACAAAGAUAAGCUUGACCAAAUAUUUGGAGAACUUAGAAAAGCCAAGAUCCAAACAGAGCUGAUCCACAGGCCAGAUUCUGACAAGCUUUUGGAUAAAGCCUAUGAAACUGGAACCUUUCCCACUGGAAUAAUACCAUUACAUAAGCUUGCCUGUCUGAGUGCAGAAGAGGUUUGGAUAACCGGACAGAAUAAAACCAUCACUCGUUUCAACAAACAUGGCUUUGCAACAGCGAUGGUUACAUCUACUUGUUCGGAUUAUCCUAGUGAUAUUUCAAUUUCAAAAGAUGGACAUCUGCUUUAUAUUGAUGCCGGAAAUCAUGUCGUUAAUGACCUCCACCAGACUACGGCUAGGAUCACAGCACCGCAGGGAUGGUCUCCAUCUGGUCUGUUUUCCACAAAAUCAGGCGACUUGCUCGUCAGUAUGUGUACAUUUGAUGAAGAACGCUACAAAAUUGUCCGCUAUGAAGGUAAAAUAAUAACGCAAGAAAUAGAGAAAGAUGAGCAAGGUAGUCCAUUAUUUAAAGGAGGACAUAAAAUGCUCUUUGUGACGGAGAACAUCAACGGCGAUAUUUGUGCUUCUGAUUGCAAUGCCAAUUUGGUCACAGUGGUGAACAAAAAAGGAACUCUUCGAUACCGGUACAAAGGACAAGAAACAAUGAAGGACAAAUUUAGACCUGCUAACAUUGUAACAGACUCAGCAGGUCGUGUUCUGGUGAAAGAUACCGGAAAUAAAUGCCUCCAUGUUCUUGAUCAGGAAUGUCGGUUUCUACGUAAUCUAGACUUUUAUGGAGCAAUGAGUGUGGACACACUGGGACAACUUUGGGUUGGAGAGUUUAAGACUGGCAUCGUAAAGAUCAUCAGAUAUGCAGAAAAAUUGUAA